AUGUAUUGACUAAUUGAACUCUUGCGAUCAACGACCUCAAUCUAGCCUUGAAAUACGAAGAGAUAUAAUCUGUAUUUGUGUGGACAUAUCUGAAAUUAAAGCAAACCUGAUUACCUCCAAUCAAUUGUUAAUGCUGACCAUUCUCAAUCGCUCCGCUACUUGAAUUUUAAAAACUCGGAACCUUCUGAGAUUCCAAGAACUAAUUCAUUUGUAAAAGACGUGGUAAAAAAAAGAACUGGUUGUAUAGUUGCUUAAGUGUUUUAAUGGAGGGAGGAGGAGCACCAAUUCACCCAUUUAUGGCCCCCAUUUCAUUUUUGUUGGGUACAUGGCGAGGAGAAGGUGAGGGAGGAUUCCCAACAAUUAAUUCUUUCAAAUACGGAGAAGAGAUCAAGUUUACUCACUCUGGGAAGCCAGUGAUUGCCUAUACUCAAAAGACAUGGAAACUGGCUUCUGGAGAACCAAUGCAUGCAGAGAGUGGUUAUUGGAGACCCAAAUUGGAUGGAUCCGUAGAAGUUAUUAUCGCUCAAAGCACUGGCCUUGCAGAAGUUCAGAAAGGGACAUAUGAUGCUGAGAAGAAAAUUGUGAAACUUCAAAGUGAACUUGUUGGAAACGCAUCUAAGGUGAAGGAAAUCACACGAGUCUUUGAGUUGAUUGGCAAUGAAUUAAGUUAUGUUGUUCAGAUGGCUACCACAGCAAAUAAUCUGCAACCUCAUCUCAAAGCGCUUCUCAAGAAGAUAUGAUUCCAAAUCUAAAUGGAAAUAUCAUAUCUUGUUUGCCUUGGACUCUCUUUAAAAAGAAUGUUCUCCAGAGAGAUGAUUUGAAGAAUACAAGCCAUAAUAUCCAGAAUAUCAUUCAUGAGUUUGAUUUAUAGAAGUCUUUAUAUGGCACUAUUUCAAGCAAUUUAAAAAUGGUGAAAAAGAACAUUUGCAAAUAGAAGAAAUUGAAGAUGCUUUGUCUCUUUGGUUGUGAAGUUUAUGUUUUCCAACCUCUUAAAGUUGUUUUAUUUCAUAAUAAACAUUUGAAUCCUCACUUUGUUCUUAUUUCUUUGUGAACACUCGAAACAGAUUGAAUUGAACUAGUUGGAGAAAGUUAUUUGCAGA